AUAUGUCUGCAAAUUCUGCGGCAAGAAAUUCAACUCAGGGAGGUUGUGGAAAAAUCAUGAAAGAAUUCACACUGAAGAAACGCUCAGUUCGAAAUGUCACAAAUCCUUUCGGUCUGAUCGAUCGAUAUUGCAUUAUAUACAAAAUGAACACAAAAAGAAGGAGUACAAGUGUGAUCAGUGUGGAAAAUGUUACAGUUCGUACAACUCGAGAUGGUAUCACGUACAUCGUGAACAUAAAAAGAAGGAAUAUAUGUGUGAUCAGUGCGGAAAAUGUUUCAGUUCGUACCUAUCGAGAUGCAAACAUGUACAACGUGAACAUAAAAAGAAGGAGUAUAUGUGUGAUCAGUGCGGAAAAUGUUACAGGUAAAAAAGCUUUAGUACAAAUUAACAGUAACUUUAACAUAAUAUUGUAAUAAAAUCGUAAUAAUAC